GGAGGCGGAGCACGCCUGCGGAUCGUGUCUUCUGAAGAACAACUUGCAAUUGAUGGAGGCGCCCCAGAGGGCCAGUUCUGAGUGCUGCCGCUCCCAACAUCGCCUGAGCCGCUGCUGAGGCGGCCUGUGCCCCUCUGACCCUCACCAUUGCCCUUGCCCGCCAAUGGCCUCUGCUGCCAGGCCUGUACCCAGGGCUGCUGCCUGAGCCUCCUGCCCCUCUCUUGGACUUGCUGUUCCCUGAUGGGGUAACGUGACAGACUGCAGAUCAGCGGCUGCCUGCCCACCACGGCCCAGGGCCACCAGAGUUUGGCUGAAUUCAAGUUCAUUUUCCCUUUGUUCCUAGGGGCGUGGGGCCCAGCUCUGUGCAAAGACGGCCUUCCAUUCACCCAUGUAGAGGAGGCAUCCCCAGCAACUGCCCCACACAGGACACCUCUCUGCAGCCAGAGACACCAUUGUGGGUUCUUGAAGUUUCCUUUGCUGAUUUUUUUUGGUUGUUGUUAUUUUUAUUUUUUGCCUACACUGAGACAGGACUUUGGAACUGCCCGUCUUACUGGGGUGGGGGAGUGUUUUGUUUCUUUUUUUCUUUUUUAGAAUCGGGUUUUCUUUCGGAAUUCAAGGCUGGGCAGCUUUCUUGCCCUCCCUCAAGUAUUUGCACAAUAUUUGUGCGGGGUGUGGGGACGAGGCUUUAAGAAAUCUUUUCUUUUCAAACAAGCACGGGGAUCUCGCUGGACUUGGUGUGGGGGGCUGGGGGAGCCCCCGUGCAGCCCUUGCUGGCCGGUCCUCUCCUGGUCCCCGGAGGCAUGGCCCGCAUGAACCGGCCCGCACCGGUGGAGGUGAGCUACAGGAACAUGCGCUUCCUCAUCACGCACAACCCCAGCAAUGCUACCCUCAGUGCUUUCAUCGAGGACCUGAAGAAGUACGGGGCCACCACUGUGGUGCGAGUGUGCGAAGUGACCUAUGACAAGACCCCUCUGGAGAAGGACGGCAUCACUGUUGUGGACUGGCCCUUUGACGAUGGGGCACCCCCUCCUGGCAAGGUGGUAGAGGACUGGCUGAGCCUGCUGAAGGCCAAGUUCUGCAAUGACCCGGGCAGCUGUGUGGCUGUGCACUGUGUGGCGGGCCUGGGACGAGCUCCAGUCCUCGUGGCACUGGCCCUCAUCGAGAGUGGAAUGAAGUAUGAGGAUGCCAUCCAGUUCAUCCGGCAGAAGCGCCGUGGGGCCAUCAACAGCAAGCAGCUUACCUACCUGGAGAAGUACCGGCCCAAGCAGAGGCUGCGGUUCAAAGACCCGCACACACACAAGACCAGAUGCUGCGUCAUGUAGCUCGGGACCACGCGCUGUACACCCGGACAGUGGUCCUGGCCGCCUCCAGCUGCCUCUUCUCCUGAACCUCAGCGCAUCUGUGUUCAAGGAGUCCAAGGGCCAAGUUCUGUGCCCAUCUGUCUGGCUGUCUUUGUCCCUGUCGGUGCCCACGCUGUCUCUCUGAGGCUGCUCCUGAACUUCCUGCUGGUGUCCUGCAGCCACUCCACCCCCUGCCCAGGCCUCCUCUCCGGCCUGUGUACUGCACGUGGGUGUGUUUUUAACCAUUGGGCCCAGCACCUCGAAAGCGGCCCUCACCCUGACCUGUUCUCAGCACCUACCACAUUGAAUCCUGGGCCUGAAGGUGCUCUGGACUCUUGAAGGCAAUAAAACAGAAGCCGUGGAU